AUGUCCUGGUUUUACUAUACAAUCACCAAUGGUAUAAUUAACAGAACAGGAGAUUAUUUAAUUGACAUUGGUUCAUAUGGUCAAGAUAUUACUUUUUCAUUUGCAGAUAACAAAUCAUUUAGUUAUUAUUUUAUUCUACAAGAUACAUAUAUGAGCGAUUACUUGCGUAUUAACUAUGAAUCAUGCACAAGCAAAAUAUGGAAAAUCACAGAGCCAACUUUUAAUUUUAAAUCAACAAACACGUAUUAUAAUUAUAAAGUAAGAUUUUGUGUAGUUUCUUUUCCAAAUUACUGCGAUUCCAUAGAAUUUCUAUCCGAAUCGAACGAUCUAGCUUUCAAUUAUUCAAAUAAAAAAUAUGAAAUCAAUAAGAAUUACUGCUCAGUUUACUUAGAUCCAACAGAUGUUAGAUUGAACAUAAGCACAUCUUCGGAUGAUUACGAUUUUAAUUAUUCUUAUUAUCAACCAACAUUUCAAUACAAAGUUAUAAAUUACACAACAGACCAUCUUUAUUUCUCACCGACAUUAUACAUUUUGUUCAGAAGUAAAUCUCCGAAUACAGUUGCAACAAUCAAAAUUUCACAAAGUUUUUCUUAG